AUGCGCGGCGCCGAUGAGUUUAGGUAUCUUAAUCCGGAUAAGCACUGCAAUAUGGCACCGAUGGACGAAAAGGUCGACGCCAUUUCGGCCACAAACGCCCUCGAGAUGGACUCGGAGAAACACGUCGACAACGGGGCGAGCGUUGAGGAGUACCCCCAUCCCACAGACGAAGAAUUGCGGACCCUGCGCAAGGUCGCCGAAACCCUCCCACUAGUCUCGUUCUCGCUCUGUCUGGUCGAAUUCGCAGAACGCGCAUCCUACUACGGCGCGAAAACCGUCUUCUCCAAUUUCAUCCAGUUCCCUCUUCCCAAGGGUGGAAAUGGAGCCGGAGCCCCUCCGCGAGGCACGCAGGAGACGGCGGGUGCCAUGGGCAUGGGAUUGCAGGCCAGUUCCGGUUUGGUGCUGCUGUUCAGCUUCCUAGCCUAUGUCUUGCCCGUACUCGGUGGUUGGUGGGCCGAUGUCUACAUCGGUCGCUAUAAAGCCAUCUGUGUCGGCGUUGGCAUCUGCGGCAUCGCGCAUAUCAUCCAGAUUGUCGGGGCCAUCCCAUCGGUCCUGCAUCGCGGCCCCUCCAACUCAGCUCCCCCGUUCAUCAUUGGACUGCUUCUCCUUGCCCUGGGCGCCGGCAUCUUUAAGCCGAACAUCGCGCCCACUAUCCUCGAUCAACAUCGUCACCAGAAACAGUACACCAAGUCCCUCAAGUCCGGCGAGAAGGUCAUCGUCGACCCGGAGCUGACCACCACGCGGACCAUGCUCAUCUUCUACGGCUUCGUCAAUAUCGGUGCCUUCUUCAUGAUCGCCACCACCUAUGCCGAGAAAUAUGUCGGCUUUUGGCUGGCCUUUCUCCUUGCGGGCAUCAUCUACUUUCUCCUCCCCAUUUUGCUGGCCUUGGUCUAUAAAAGGACCUACAGGGUCCCCGCCAAGGGCAGUUCCGACCUCACCCAGGCAGCCAAGAUCAUCUCCUUCGCCCUACGACGCAGUCGCUUUCGAGUGUGGCGCAAAGACUUCUGGGACGGGGCACGACCCAGCCUCCUCGCGCGGCAGGGCAUCCACGUCGACUGGACCGACAAGCUCGUCGACGAAGUACGCCGAACAAUUGCGGUCACCGAAAUCUUUUGCUACUAUCCCAUCUGGUACCUCAACAACGGGGGCAUCGGCUCCGUCCUCACCAGCCAAGGCGCCUCCAUGACCACCAACGGCGCCCCCAACGACCUACUCAACAACUUCAACGCCCUCACCAUCAUCGUGAGCGUGCCCCUCCUCACCUACAUCAUCUACCCAACCCUCCAGCGUUUCAACAUCCGCUUCGGCCCCAUCACGCGCAUCACCUUCGGCUUCGUCCUCGCCAUGCUGAGCAGCGUCAUCGGCGCCAUCACCCAGUGGAAAAUCUACGAAACCUCCCCCUGUGGCUACGCCGCAGCGUCCUCCUGCGAAUUGGGCGUCAGCCCCCUCAGCAUCUGGUGGCAAAUUCCGAACACGGUGCUAGCCGCGCUGUCGGAGUGCUUUGCCAAUGUGACGGGUUAUGAGUUGGCGUAUUCGCGCGCGCCGGCAGGCAUGAAAGGCUUGGUGAUGGCCAUAUUUCUCUUCAUGAAUGCUCUGUCCAGUGCGAUCGGGGAGAUCUUGCUCCCGGCGACUAGAGACCCCUGGUUGAUUUGGAUCUGGGCGGCCCCUGCGAUUGCGCUCGCCCUGCAGACCAUCGUCUUUUGGGUGCGCUUUCAGUCACUCAAUCAUGAGCAGUUUAUUCUGACGGAGGACGAUUAUCAGCCGAAUACGAGGGCGGAAUAG